AUGGAACCGUCUUCCAUUUUCGGAUUGCCCGAGCGCAGGCCUCGGUGCGCGCGACGUUGCCGCUCGGCGCUCGCGGCGCGCACUUUUUACUGUUUCUCGGCACAUAGGCGGGCUCAUUACGCCGGCACGCACACAGCGGCGGCGCGCGCCCACAUCGACGCCGUCCGCCCCGUGCGUACGUGCACACGUCGGCCCGAGCGCGAGAUGUACAUAAUGUACAUUCCGAGCGGCGACGCCGCUAGAUAUGUGGGUGAGAUGCGUCGCGCGCGUACAGUACACGAAUCGUGGCCUCUA